AUCAUCCCGGACCCUUUUAAUUGACGGACAACAACAAGACGGGCCAGCUGAGAGCUAGCGUUACCGGUCACAACUUUGUUAAUUAGUGAAAAUACAUUAGUUGUCAUUCGGACCCCUGUGGUUAAAGGGUUUCAGUGGACGGAUAAAUGUCUGAUGCAUCAGAACUCCCUGAUAGUCAAGAAGAGGAGGAGGUUUCACUGGAACCAGAGGACCAAUCCGACGACAGCAGUGGGGAAGAGGCAGCAGGAGACACAGAAAUGGACUUUCUACGUAACCUUUUCUCAAGCACUCUGGGCCUCGGCACAACUGAAAAAGUUCUGGAUGACUUGACUCUAGAAGGAGUGGCUCAAUACAUAAAGAGUGGCAAAUGUAAGAACAUCCUCUGCAUGGUUGGAGCAGGAAUAUCCACAUCCGCUGGAAUCCCUGAUUUCCGUUCACCAGGAACGGGCCUGUAUGCAAACCUGCAGAAAUAUAACCUUCCUCACCCAGAGGCCAUCUUCCAGAUCGAUUACUUUAAGAAACAUCCAGAGCCAUUCUUUGCCUUGGCCAAGGAGCUUUACCCAGGACAGUUCAAGCCAACAAUCUGUCACUACUUCAUGAAGAUGCUAAAGGACAAGGGGCUCCUGAAACGCUGCUACACACAGAAUAUCGACACACUGGAGCGAGUGGCUGGGCUCGAAGGAGAUGAUCUAAUCGAAGCUCAUGGAACGUUUUACACAUCCCACUGUGUCAGUUUCUGUUGCCGUCAGGAAUACAACCUGGACUGGAUGAAAGAAAAGAUCUUUUCUGAUGACAUUCCGAGAUGUGACAAGUGCAGCAGUUUGGUCAAACCAGAUAUCGUCUUCUUUGGAGAGAGUUUGCCUGUCCGGUUCUUCACUUCAAUGAAGAUGGACUUUCCUCAAUGUGAUCUUCUCAUCGUCAUGGGGACCUCUCUGCAAGUCCAGCCAUUUGCAGGUCUGGUGGGCAGGGUCUCAAAAAGUUGUCCCAGACUGCUCAUUAACAUGGAGAAGGCCGGGCAGGCUGACCCUCUGUUUGGGUUGCUUGGUUUUGGAGGCGGGAUGGACUUUGACUCAGACAAGGCGUACAGAGACGUAGCUCACAUCAGUACAUGUGAUGAAGGCUGUUUGGCUCUAGCUGACCUGCUGGGAUGGAAGGUGGAGCUGGAAGAAAUGGUGAAGCAGGACCACGCCAAGAUCGAUAGUCAGGACCAAAAGGAAAAGGCCAGCGAGGACAGCAAAGCUGCAGCCAAGACGAGCUCUGCAUCAGUGGCUCCAGAACCAGAGAAAAAGGAAGAGUAACUCAUUCUGAAUCUCCCUUUUUAUUCAAAGCUACUGUACUGAUGUUGCUGUGUGGAAGUUGCCCUUAGAGGCAGUUUCGGAUUGGUUUCUGUUUGACGUUUGAGAAUUGAUGCUGUAUUUUUUUUUAUUUGCAAACAUUUGAUUCCUCUUAACAACGUCACAUGACGUCUUUCAUCCCUGUGUUUUAUGCUUUUGUUUAUAUCAGUUACUUGCACUUUACUGACAUUACUAUAUAUUUGCAUCAUGCAAAAAAGUAUAGUGUAACAUGUGAAACCAUUAGUCGAGAUACUUCUAUUUUGCUUUUGUUUAAAAUAUCAUGAACAUUUUUGUCACUCUAGCUCUCGUCCCUGAUUCCAGUUUAUUAACCCUUAAAAGAUAAACCAGGCUGUUGUGUAUUGAAUCGCUCAUGCAAUUAUUACAUAGAUGAAAGUAAUAAAUUCCGGAAAGGGGAUUUUUGACUAAUAUUUCUCUUCAUGUGGCGCUCUGCUCCUGUUUGAACUGAUUUCUGUUAUUUUUUUAAUACAAUGUUUUGAGAUGUUUAUGGGGGGGUAAAUUAUGAUCUCUUCAUAUAAUAAAACUGCAAACUUCACAUGAUGCACAAAAUAUAAUCAUAGCUUUGCUCCCUCUGUUGUCAGGACUACAGUUGGUUGGGAGUAGAUUUUCCUUUUAAAUCUUUGGUGAUAGACGAAAUGCUAGUGAGGAUAAAUAGACAUGUUUUUUUUACAAGAAUGUUUAAUUUAAAAUAAGAAAAUUAAACAGUUUCAUAGACAAGUGAAGUGGAAACAAAUUAUAGUGAUCAUGUCUGCCUGAAUCAGCUUCAUUGCUAUAAGCAGAUGGUUAUUAUAACCCAAGUUUAUUUAUUUUUUCCUUCUUUCUCAUGCAAAUCAACAGGAAGCUUGAUUAUUGUGAGGGACUUAUUUAAAGAGCAUCUGUAUCGAAUGAUCCUGUCCCAGGCUCUUUGGUCUCUAUAGUUGGUUUCCACGGUAUUUGGGAUAUUUGUAAGAGAAUGAAUUGUUCCAGUGUAGCAUAUUGAAAUACAGGGGUGGGCACAGUAGCAUGAACAUCUGUACAAUAUUAAGGAAACCAAUACAAAAGUCCUGCAAUAAAUUUACAAUUGUAAACCUGA